GCUCGGGCUGGUUCCAUCUCGCAGUGUGGUGGUAGAGGAUGUUGGUCUAACAUGGAAAAUCAGCUAGCCAACUAGCUGGCAAAGUAGUAGCCUAGGAUCUGCGACUGUCAGUUCCAUUGUGAAGUAAUGUUAGACGAUGUUUAUAACACAGUUGUCGUCGAUGGAUAAAUAGGCAUCCAUUAGUUUUAUUUCCGUUCUAUUGACUGCCAUAUCGUUAUUUUAUAGACUCAAUUGUGAUUAUUUUCUUUAGCUAUCUGGUCUUUCUUUUUGGGACUACGCUAGGUAACGUAACGUUAGAUAGAUAGAUAAAUAGCCAGGUUCACGUUGGAUUUACGUAGUUCUAAGUGGACAGUAUCAACAAACAAGAAGCAUCAACCAUCUGAUCAGAGACGGGGUUUUAACUUCACAAGUUUGGAAGGAUGGUAUCAUGGAUAAUAUCACGAGCGGUUGUGCUUGGGUUUGGAACCCUCUAUCCAGCAUAUUACUCCUACAAAGCUGUCCGGACCAAGAAUGUCAAAGAAUAUGUACGCUGGAUGAUGUACUGGAUCGUCUAUGCCCUCUACACUGUUGUUGAAACCAUCACAGACACCUCCUUAUCAUGGUUUCCUCUGUAUUACGAGCUGAAGGUGGCCUUUGUGAUCUGGCUGCUGUCUCCAUACACCAGAGGGGCCAGCCUCAUUUACAGGAAGUUCCUGCAUCCUCUUCUGGCCUCCAAGGAAAGAGAGAUUGAUGAUUACAUCGUUCAGGCCAAAGAGCGCAGCUACGAGACCAUGGUGAGCUUUGGCAGGCAAGGCCUUAGCAUCGCUGCCACUGCUGCUGUGUCUGCAGCUGUCAAGGGACAGGGUGCCAUCAGCGAGCGCCUGAGAAGCUUCAGCAUGCAUGACCUAUCGCAGAUUCCUGCUGAUGACACGUCCAGUCAGUACCCUUCAAUAAGUAACCCCAGCCGUCGAGCCAUUCAGGGUUCCAAUCCAGGCACAGACAGCACCGACUACUACCCCUACAGGCCAGAGGAAGGCCAGGAGGAUGAUGGAGAUGGAGUCUUCUCAGAGGAUGAGGCAUCUGUACAGCGUGGCCUUAGAAGAUCCCAGAGCGUCAAGAUGACUCGCGCCAAAGCUGCACGCAAAGAGCCACGUUACGGCUCUCUAAAAAUCAAGACCAGGAGGAGGCCGGCGAUCAAUGCGGCCACCUAUGAGAUGCCUUGACCUCUGACUCCAUUGGCUCCACCUCCAGGCCUGUAACCUAGCUCCAAAAGCGCUUCUGGACCAAGACACCGGUGUGUGGGGGUGACCCCUUUCAGCAACGCACAGUACAGCACAGCCACACAACAACCUUGUGGCUGCAGCCUGCCUGUGCCUGCACCACUCAUUCCAAAAGAGGACCCUGACCAGGGGGCCUCGCAAGACACUCAGACUAAACUUAAAGUAGGGAACACACAACUCACUCUUGUAGUUAGUACAGGGGUUCCACUGCAGCAACUGACUUACUUUAACACCUCUCUAAAAAGUGGACUUAAGUGUUAUGUGUGUGUCUAGUUCCUUCUGCUCACAAUGUUUACAGUAUAUUGUAAUUGUUUUUAAAGCUAUGAUGGCCGGUUUCAUAUGUAAACAAUGCUGCCUUACUUUCUUAUAACUCUUUUAAAAACACUUGUUAAACGCUACAUUUUCUUUAAGUAACAUUUCACUGCAAUAAUAUAUUGUUUCCUCAUAUUAAGCCUGCUAAAGAAUGUUUGUUUUUGAAUGUCAGGUAGCCUUAACCUUUGACAGUUGACAUCCUUGACAAAAAACACUAAGAACUGAGCAGUCCAACCAAAAGUGUCCCUUACUUUUGUUAAGGAGAAUGUCUUGUAAUGUUGUUUUGCACAUACGUUAAGAACACAGACCUGACUCAUAGAUUCAUGUAACAGGGUCUGGUUGCAUUUUUCACUGCACCACAUACUGUACGGUGCAGGUUGAUAUGAAUGUUUGACCACAUUUGCGGUCAGAUGCUGGACAGCACUGCGUCAUGUCAGAAAAUGCUCUUACACUCCAGGUCUGUGUUACACGUCCCCUGUUGUUGUGUGUCGUGUAUGUGUUGUUCCGAGAAAGGACAGAAGGAAUGUCAAACAGCCACGAUCCUCAUAGAAGUGUUUUCUGCGGUGGGGGCCAGGUAGAACCAAAGGAGGCUCAGCAAGUAGUUCUCCUUGUUUACUAUGGGCCUCCUAUUCAGUGUCACAGUGAUGUGACCGUUAUUUCUCUUGUAUCAUGAAUUACCUAAUAUUAUUAGUAAUCUUAAACCAAACUGGAAAAAAAAUUCUCCAUUCAUCGGUUAUUUUGUUUUAAAAGAAAAAGUCCUUUUUAAAAGAGGCAAUGUUUGAUAUAUAUAAAAAUAUAUAUUUUUUUUGGUCCUGUCUUAAUGUCUUUUAAAAUGUAACCUAUUCUGUCCAGAAGAGAACUUUGUUAUACUGAGACCAAAGCUGUAUUAAAGUGUGUAAGACUGAGAGGGAAACGAUUAGGACCAAGAGACUCUGAGUUUGAAGGAGAGACGUUGGACUGAGUGUUGCUUUGUAGUGCUGAUAAUAAACUUUGAAUGCUUUAACAUCUGAAAA